AACUAUGUACGGCGAACGAUUAAGUCAUGCGGUCCGGUACGCUCGUCUGUUAAGGGUAGGUAGUCUAUGCAGGGCAUUCAAUGGUAAUUGACCUCGGAAACGUCAAAAAUGUCAAAAUAAGUUCAGCUGUUGAGAGGGUUUUUUGUUUACUUCUGUUUUAAAGGCAUAGCCAAAUAAAUUCUUGAAAAUACUUUUAUUGCUUAAUUUUAUUGUUUUAAAGCCAUGUAUACCAAUGGCUGUAUAAGUAAUAGUUAUUAAAAGUUAACGGUAGUUUUUAGUUAAGACUAUGGCCUCGUCAAUAAGUAUAUUAUCUUGAGUCUCCUGGAUCGCAUAGUGCAGUGCUCGGCGUAAAAGUAGUUGAACGGCGAUGGCCGAGGAACCACUGAAGAUCUACUGGAACCAUUUCUUCAAAGCGGAGACCGGAACUUAUGAGAAAUCAACGUGGUUGGACCUGUUCUUAGCUGAAUUCCUUGUCAGACUUAAUGGCGGCGCUAAUCCAAAGGAACUCAUAAAUUUUUGUCCCGUGAGCGGAGUGGUGACACUAGUGGGUUGCGAGUUGCUAUGCGGGAUCCACCGCGUGACGUCUUCGUUGAGCGCGCACAGUUCACCCAAAGAUAAUGAUGUUACAGCACCAGUCGAGGAAAAAGAAGAUCGUCCGACAAGCCUCUUUACAAAGACCAACUCGCAGUCGACCGGAGAAGUGCUGCGCAAGUACUUGUUGGGAGGCGUGGCGUGGCGCUGUCUGGCGCUGCUCAGAGCGUUAGGAGUCGAGGGCCUCUCAUGCUGUCGUCAACUGAGCUCCGUCCUCAUCUGGCUUUUCGGCGAGCUGAGCGCGGGCGCGUCCACUCCGGCGCAGCCGCGCCCGCGCCUCCGGAGAGCGGCCAUACACCAACUAUUUUCCGACAGGAUAUGGUCCAAACAAAAGCCCGCUGGCAGUCCGGCGUCCAAGACACUGCACAAGAACACUGCAGUAUCUGAUCGUGGUACGACUGGACGAUCAAGACACGUGAGCCAAAGUAAAGACUCCGAUGUCAAAACGAAAAGGAAGACGAUUAAGCCAGAGCUGUCUUCCGAGUCUGCUGACUCCAACGACGACUUGCAAGUUCUAAACCGGUCGCUCGCUAUCAAAGUUUCUUCUCCCGACGAUUUCGAGUACUUCAACUCGCCUCUAAAGUCAUCCAAUGAGUACGCCAAUGAACUUUACAGUGACCCCUUUCAUUCGCCAAAGAAAACAAAACCAAAACCAGAUGAUUAUAUGAACGAAAAGCAUAGAGAGGUUAUAAAUUCUGAAAUAUCUGCCUUUGAAUUCAUCCUCAUGAUCACGGAUUUGUUACAAGAGCUGUGUAAAGCUGAAAGCAGUCUAUCGGGUUCUGAAGGUUCACAAAUAUCAAUGCAGUGUAUAAAUUUCUCUUUAAAAAACCUAUGCUCUCUACAGUUUGGUUCGCUUCCCGCUUGUUCAAAGAGCGCGGACGAAGUCUCCCACAUAAAAGUCGCCCUAACAGAGCUAUUAAUCGUCUCUUUAGACAAAGUUCUCAUCCGGUCCGACCUGUGUGCCAAACUAAUAAACAAUGGCAUACUUCCGAUGCUACUAAGAAUAUUAGAGGACGUAAUCUGCAAAUCUAGCUCUAAGUACCAUAAGAAGUCUGAUGAGAAUCUCGUCGAUGAAACUUUAACAGAAGCUCAGUCUGACGAUAUGCUCAGAUUCGUUUUCGGCAUAGCGUAUUCUAUCACAGCUUUCUUCCACUGCCUUCUUAUGCAGUGUCGUACCUUGGAAAACUUAAGGGAAUUCACCGAUCAGUUCAAGUUGUACGGUGAGUGUCUCAAAGGCGGUCUACUCAGAGAAUGCGUUGAGUUGAUGAUCAGGAUACGAGGCGUGGAUUACGACGAGGCCGUUACGCUUAUAAAGAAGCUUUUAGAGUCUGUAGGGAAGCUGAUAAACGGAAUGAAGAGAGUGCGAAGUGAGGUUGUGCAUUCCACAGCUUGCCCUCGUACUAGACAUAAAGUCUGCCGUGCGCGGGUCGCUGCGGGCAUGCAUCACCACCAUGACAUUCUAGGCGAGGCCAGCACAGAUCUUCCCUUAUCAUCCACGUGUUGCGUAUCAGUUCUAUACGGUACACUGGCUUGCUUGUUAACGGACGAGGAGGUAUCCACACAAGCCCCGCUCAGACAUAAAAUACUGCGUGUUAUGUUAAAAUCUGGCGUCUGCUGCUGCUUUUCUCCUGGACUUCUAAUGGAGAACAUUGUCCGAUUGAUGUUAAUACACGACUCGGUCGCUUCAAAAUGUCUCCAAGUUUUAGAACAUACUGUGUACGGGGAUUUGGGAGCGAGCGUGCUGAUACCGAAGGUCACAGAUCAGCUCCCUUGUUCUAUUUGCGAGCCGAGCGAAGACAAAAGGUUUGCCAAGAAACACUGCCUCCACUCCGUAAACCCGGUCGAUCGGAAGAGUAUAUGGUCCUUCUUGAUCCACUACAACUCUUUACUACAGCUGGACAAUCAUAAUAAUGUGUUGCAUGCGACGGUGUCCCAUUUGCUUCGAGUGACACCAAAGUGUCGGUUAGAAAUGAAGCACGAGUUACUCUUCAGCGUGAUAUACCCGACUUUCAUAGUCGCCAAACAUAGAUACAUUAUUAGAAUGGAGGACUCUGCCUAUUUCCUGACCGUAUCGUGUCUAAAUAUCUUUUCCAGUCUACUAAACACGGUAUCUUUUGCUGAUCAGUUCAUUCAAAAAGGUGGGCUUAGCUACGUACUGGAACUCGUGUCCCUACCCGAAUUCUCAAACCAGUGUUGUUCCAUUCUCGAAAUAGCUAUUACCGUUGAGAUAUUCAAAUUGAUCAAAGAAAAUACAUCCACGACUUAUCAUAGAGAAAUGAGCUCUCUAGCAUCUAUCCAAAUGCUAUUCAAGUCUCUAUCAGAAACUACGCAGAGAUGCUUUAAAAUCUACCGCCUUAAACUUCCAGUAGAAAAAUUCGAUGAGCUAUCUGAUAUCGCGGAAGAAAAGAAACAGCUAUCAUUCAAAGAGAAACGCCGUGACUCGUCACAAAUAAGAAAAGUGUCGAUCUCUAUGCCGAAAGCGAUAAAAACAAACUUCGCUGCGGGUGAGAACGUGAUAGAAGAAUCUAUUGAGGAUUACUUAGAGGCUUUGAAGAAUGCAUGGACUUUCUGGAAAUCAUGCGCGGCACUGUGUCUUUAUAGCCCUGUGUUCAGACAAUACGCGGUUGACGAGGAUGUGUUCUUAGACAGUUUUGGGCUGCUGCGAGUGUUGUUGUAUUUCGUGAGUAACUGCGAGAUGGCGCAGGCGGAGAUGAGACUGCUUAUUAAGAUCGUGGAGGCCUUGCUGACGGUGCAAUUUGCAGUGUCAGACGUAACAUCCAACCGUUCAAAAGAGGCCAGCUGCGCUGUGGUCCGAGCGGCGCUGAACAACGGGGGCACUGACGGUAGCGCGGCGUUGCGAGCGUUGUGUGAGGCACUAGUACGCGUAGCUGUUGCUGAACCAAGCGCUGCGCACGCCAUGCCACCGCCUCCACCGCAAGCAAAGGUACCGCCCCUCCUUUGUCCCUCCGGCAGCAGCUCCGUAGAAGGCUCCUCUAGCGAGGAGAGCGUUGCAGGGCCCUACGCGUCCGAGCACAGCGAGCCUUACUACCGCGCCGACGAGGGGUACGAGGCAGACGUGGAAAUAGGCAAAUUUGACCUGCUGUCAACGUACAAAUCACGCAAAGUGUCGGAAUCGUUGUCUUCUCUGAGCAGCGCUACUGGGACAGAGCCUGCUUUGGGGCCAGCAUGCUUUCAGUACGCGGAAAGCGGGCGGCUGGCACACCCCGAACUAUGCGUCAUCGUACUAGAUAUACUCACAGACCUAAUACACAAACUAGUAUCGGAACCCAACGGGCAAGAAGGCGCGCGCGCGUCGGGCGCGUCAUUAGCGCGCGCGUGCUGCACGCGCCUCGCCGCCGCGCUGGGGCGCGCUCGGGCCCCGCCCCCGCCGCUGCUGGGCCGGCUGCUGGGCCCCAAGACUGCCGCCUUACUGGAGUUGAAUGAUCCCGAUCUUGCAGAGCUUCAGCGCAGCAUCUUAGAGCUAAUCCACGUGGUGGCCAUGCGUUCGAUUAGCGCCUCGGAGCUGGCGUUGCUGCUGCGGCUAUGCGCUCGGCGGGCGGCGCUGCCGGCGCUAUUACCUGCGCUGCUUCGGCUGGCCGGGGACGCGGAGCCCGCGCCGCUUGCCGUGCUUGCCUUCCCUGUCACUCAGUCUACAGACGCCGGGCCCCUGGGGCGGAAGGACGGCUUCGAGGACGUGAGCGCUCCGGCGCACAGUGCACACGCGGAGGCGGCGGCGCGGGGCUUUCGAGAGGCUCAUCUAAAGGCCGGUUUGAACUCGGCAUGGGCCUUGCACGCGGCGCGGUGCGGCGCGGAGGGCGCGGGCUGGGCGCCGUGGCUGCAGGGCUUCGCUCUCACUGCCUGGCUACGUCGCCAUCCGCCCAACGAACCAGCAAAUGAAUGGAAGGGCUCAGAGCGUUCGCUGGACGCGAUGGAAAAAGACGUAAACUCGGAGCUACACGUCCUGACUAUUGGACACGAUUCGCUCCUGCUCGAGCUUUGGUUGCACACAGACUCUGGUACGUUCACACUACGUCUUUCGCGCCCCGAAACAUCAUGCUACAAAGUGCUGAGCGAGACCCGCGUGGACGCAGCCCUACCACCCGCGCAGUGGUGCUGUGUAGCCCUUAACGUUAAAGAGGUCGUGCAUAAACGAAAAAUACACAUACAGGUGACACUUUACAUAGAUGGAUGCGAGUGUGAAACUGUGUCUUUGCCUUUACAAGGCAUCCUGGUCCGCAAAGUGACCCCAACGCACCUGCUGGUCGGGCACUCGGCCGCGGGCCGCGGCGGCUACCACAUGUCGGGCUGCUGCGUGUACCGCGCGCCCGUGCUCGGCGCCGCCGCCGCGCUGCACGCCGCCGCGCACGCGCCCGCGCCGCACCCGCACCUCGCGUGCAAGGUGAGCCUUGUUCACUCGGCCGCGGGCCGCGGCGGCUACCACAUGUCGGGCUGCUGCGUGUACCGCGCGCCCGUGCUCGGCGCCGCCGCCGCGCUGCACGCCGCCGCGCACGCGCCCGCGCCGCACCCGCACCUCGCGUGCAAGGUGAGCCUUGUUCACUCGGCCGCGGGCCGCGGCGGCUACCACAUGUCGGGCUGCUGCGUGUACCGCGCGCCCGUGCUCGGCGCCGCCGCCGCGCUGCACGCCGCCGCGCACGCGCCCGCGCCGCACCCGCACCUCGCGUGCAAGGUGAGCCUUGUUCACUCGGCCGCGGGCCGCGGCGGCUACCACAUGUCGGGCUGCUGCGUGUACCGCGCGCCCGUGCUCGGCGCCGCCGCCGCGCUGCACGCCGCCGCGCACGCGCCCGCGCCGCACCCGCACCUCGCGUGCAAGGUGAGCCUUGUUCACUCGGCCGCGGGCCGCGGCGGCUACCACAUGUCGGGCUGCUGCGUGUACCGCGCGCCCGUGCUCGGCGCCGCCGCCGCGCUGCACGCCGCCGCGCACGCGCCCGCGCCGCACCCGCACCUCGCGUGCAAGGUGAGCCUUGUUCACUCGGCCGCGGGCCGCGGCGGCUACCACAUGUCGGGCUGCUGCGUGUACCGCGCGCCCGUGCUCGGCGCCGCCGCCGCGCUGCACGCCGCCGCGCACGCGCCCGCGCCGCACCCGCACCUCGCGUGCAAGGUGAGCCUUGUUCACUCGGCCGCGGGCCGCGGCGGCUACCACAUGUCGGGCUGCUGCGUGUACCGCGCGCCCGUGCUCGGCGCCGCCGCCGCGCUGCACGCCGCCGCGCACGCGCCCGCGCCGCACCCGCACCUCGCGUGCAAGGUGAGCCUUGUUCACUCGGCCGCGGGCCGCGGCGGCUACCACAUGUCGGGCUGCUGCGUGUACCGCGCGCCCGUGCUCGGCGCCGCCGCCGCGCUGCACGCCGCCGCGCACGCGCCCGCGCCGCACCCGCACCUCGCGUGCAAGGUGAGCCUUGUUCACUCGGCCGCGGGCCGCGGCGGCUACCACAUGUCGGGCUGCUGCGUGUACCGCGCGCCCGUGCUCGGCGCCGCCGCCGCGCUGCACGCCGCCGCGCACGCGCCCGCGCCGCACCCGCACCUCGCGUGCAAGGUGAGCCUUGUUCACUCGGCCGCGGGCCGCGGCGGCUACCACAUGUCGGGCUGCUGCGUGUACCGCGCGCCCGUGCUCGGCGCCGCCGCCGCGCUGCACGCCGCCGCGCACGCGCCCGCGCCGCACCCGCACCUCGCGUGCAAGGUGAGCCUUGUUCACUCGGCCGCGGGCCGCGGCGGCUACCACAUGUCGGGCUGCUGCGUGUACCGCGCGCCCGUGCUCGGCGCCGCCGCCGCGCUGCACGCCGCCGCGCACGCGCCCGCGCCGCACCCGCACCUCGCGUGCAAGGUGAGCCUUGUUCACUCGGCCGCGGGCCGCGGCGGCUACCACAUGUCGGGCUGCUGCGUGUACCGCGCGCCCGUGCUCGGCGCCGCCGCCGCGCUGCACGCCGCCGCGCACGCGCCCGCGCCGCACCCGCACCUCGCGUGCAAGGUGAGCCUUGUUCACUCGGCCGCGGGCCGCGGCGGCUACCACAUGUCGGGCUGCUGCGUGUACCGCGCGCCCGUGCUCGGCGCCGCCGCCGCGCUGCACGCCGCCGCGCACGCGCCCGCGCCGCACCCGCACCUCGCGUGCAAGGUGAGCCUUGUUCACUCGGCCGCGGGCCGCGGCGGCUACCACAUGUCGGGCUGCUGCGUGUACCGCGCGCCCGUGCUCGGCGCCGCCGCCGCGCUGCACGCCGCCGCGCACGCGCCCGCGCCGCACCCGCACCUCGCGUGCAAGGUGAGCCUUGUUCACUCGGCCGCGGGCCGCGGCGGCUACCACAUGUCGGGCUGCUGCGUGUACCGCGCGCCCGUGCUCGGCGCCGCCGCCGCGCUGCACGCCGCCGCGCACGCGCCCGCGCCGCACCCGCACCUCGCGUGCAAGGUGAGCCUUGUUCACUCGGCCGCGGGCCGCGGCGGCUACCACAUGUCGGGCUGCUGCGUGUACCGCGCGCCCGUGCUCGGCGCCGCCGCCGCGCUGCACGCCGCCGCGCACGCGCCCGCGCCGCACCCGCACCUCGCGUGCAAGGUGAGCCUUGUUCACUCGGCCGCGGGCCGCGGCGGCUACCACAUGUCGGGCUGCUGCGUGUACCGCGCGCCCGUGCUCGGCGCCGCCGCCGCGCUGCACGCCGCCGCGCACGCGCCCGCGCCGCACCCGCACCUCGCGUGCAAGGUCGAUAAUGAAAUACCAAACUACUCAAGACUCUUGACUCCAAACGUGCUCGAUUCAAACAUCGAUUGGGAUCAGGUGUACGAUAUGUCCGGAGCAGCGCUACGUGAGCUGAAUGAGAAUCUGUUGUUAUCCUUCAGCGCGCACGCACCUAAUAUCGUCAAUCUCUACCACCAGACGACGCCAUUACCCACAGUAUUUUCCACUCGCAACCCGGGUCCGAAGCCAGUGGCGGGCGCCUGUGUCCCCGAGCCGCUAGCAUGCACUUGGACCGUGCGCUGGAAAGCAUCUGGACACUGCGGCAUCGCGCCCGCAGUCUACAUGCUGGGCGGGCCGUCUGUGCUACUGUAUCUCUUUGCCAGGGUGGUAGAAAUGGAGGCUAGCGCAGGAGAACAGGCGAUGGCAUUGGGUAUAGUUCUCCGCGUGUGCCGCGCUGACAACCGGUUACGGUCAGCAUUGCACGGCGCUGACGGCUUGGAGCUGCUACUGCGAGUGUUCGGGGCGCCAAAGUGCCGCCUUACGAGCCGAAUGUUGCAGGUGAUGCUAGAGGAAGCCUGCACCAGCCCUGUGUUGACUACCACCGGAGCCGGAUUGGUAGUCAGCGGUGCUGACGCAGUGGUGCGCGAGCCAGCGCUACUAGCGCUAUUAGUGCAGGCGAGCCGCCAUCUCGACACAGAGGAGGAACUCGAAUGGGAAGCGGAGGGCGAGCGCAUGCGCGGCUCCCUAUGGGCACUGACGUUGUGCUGCAUACGUUCGCUGCUAGAAGACGCAGGUGCAAGACGUUGGCGCGCCUUCAACCAGCAGCAGCUGCACCGGCACCAUCUGCUUCGGUUAUUGCUGGCUGCUUGCAAGGAACGUUUUCUGAACUCGGAGGAGAAUCCGAGCCGCAGCCCUGACGCGGCGGGCGCCUGCCUGGUGGGGGUGGUGGGGGGCCUGCUCGGCUCGCCGCCCCUCCCCUGCCAUCUGGCGGAGCUGUGCGACUUCCUGCUGCUGAUGCACCAGGCAAGCGACACGUUCGUGACGCAUUCGCGGGCGAACUUCUACUUUCUCCUAACAGCAGAGACGCAGGACAACAGCGAGUUCAUGAUGAGGGUGCGGCGGCGGGACCCGGAGCCCGAGGCCACUGACAGCGGGAGUCUGCGAGAGGAGGACAGCAAGCUGAUGAAAGGCAUUAUCAACAUGCAGAUCAAGGAGGGCAGGAAACACAAUAUCUCAUCAACAUCAGAGAAUUCGGAUUUAAAUAUUGAAACGAGCGAUGACAUAAUGGACCCCGUCGUAGAGAACGAGGGCGCGCCCGAUGACGCGCUCAGCGGAUACAUAGUCGUCGACGUGGACGACGUAGCACACACAACCGUCGAGAUGUACUCCAGUGGCAUCUAUCACGAGAAACGAGUACGCGCUGGCGCCGCUCCGGGCUGGACGGCUUGCGAGGGUCUACUGCUUCUCCUGCGAGACGCCAUCUUACUGCUCUCCGAGCAUGACUUGGCGCAGGCGAUGCAAGGCGCCAUCCAGCCUGAAGCGCUGGUCGUGCUCGCCAACCACCGCGACGCGGGCGUGCGCGCCGCCGUGCUGCGCGUGGUGGGCGCGCUGCAGCGCCGCGGCGUGCCCGCGCUGCUACCACGCGCGCCGCAGAAGACGUACCUCUACAGACAUCUUGCCAACCAGAUAGCCUUGUAUCCGAGCUCGUUAGAGCUGGCGGCAGCGUGCGCCGCCCUUAUCACCAAGUGCGACGUGCCGUUGGAAGACCAGCUUGAGGAUGAUAUCUGGGUGGAUGUUUCUCCCGAGAUGCUACACUGCGCGGCUCCGCUGAUAGCAACAUUACCAACCUGCCUACACGAUCCACCGCUAGCGCACAACGUGUCUCUACUCGUUCGUCGAAUCAUCGACAAGGGUUCCCUAAAGCUGCUUUCCGAAAUAAGCGUAGCCGAGGUGGCCGUGCGCUGUAUACGCGACCUGGGUGCGACCGGGGAGUUCAACGGACGGGCGUUACUGCUGUCCGACAUGGGAGCGCUACUCGCGAAGCUCGCGGUUAAGGCGCUCGAGUCACACCACCACAUGCAGAUAAUCACGGAUAUGCAUCAUAUGCUGACAUAUGUGGAACUGACGGCCGAAAGCGAGAACGUAAAGCGAGCGGCACGCGCUGCCCAGGUAUCGUUGUUCGUGGCACAACUAGACCACUUGGAUAUAGCGAGUCGCGCGCGUCAGAAGUAUAACAAUUACUUCACUAAUGUUCUCUCAUCAGCGGUAUCGCUGGGUACAGAGGGAAUAUCCCAAACGGAACUGGAAGCUCGACAUUUAGCCACUGUCACUGCGGCGGUGAACUUCUUGCAGUCGCGUUCGCCCGUGCUGCCGGUCCACUCCGAGGGCGAAUUAGUGGAACAGCUACUAGUCAUGCUUAUAGCUGCCGUGAGCGGCGGUCUCCCAACGCGGCGGGCGUGGUGGGCUGGCUCGGGCGGAGAUGGAUGGCUGCGUGCUCUACGAGAACUAGUAUGGUGGGUGGGCGCCCCAGCCCCGGGCACACGCGCGCUCCAACCGCAUCUUUUGCGCGCACUGCACGCAGCUCCACACGUGGCUACCAUGCUCAAGCCUCCACCAACUUGCAGAAAGUUGGCAGUGUACCUGCUCCUGAUGCUGCGUCACAUGCAUACGCUAGCCGAGAACGGCAGCGACGGCGUUGAACUCGCCAUCACUGACUGGGCGCGCGGCUGGUGCGUGGCGCUGCAAGAUGGGCUCGAGAACAGGCUCGGAGCGGCGUUACAAGACGAGGCCGCAGCGCUACUGAGAGUGGAUGAGGAGCGCUGGGCCAAGACUGCCCACAACCACAACGCCAAUAUUGGCAAAGUAAUCUUCAGCAAGGAGUCCCUAGCGGCGCGCCUAACCGAGUCAGCAAUGGCAGCGACGCGAGCCGUAGUAGACACGCAAAACGGAGAACGCAAGGCGUUCAUGGAAGUUCUACGGCGCUCGCAGUCUUCUUCAGCCGUAGCGACUAGACGCUGGCAACGGCUGGCCGACCAUCUUACUCACGAGCAAGCAUUAUGGCACGAGCCGGAAUCGUACCCCGUGUCAUGGGAGCUAGACGGCGCAGAGGCGCCGGGCCGCGUGCGCGUGCGUCUCCGCCGCGCCCAUCUCGCACUCAAACCGCGCUUCCUCAAGCCCAGCCACCAGCACAAGCCCGUACUAGCAGAAGCAGCUGCGCGCAGCACAGUCCUUCUUCGCAGCAUCACGGGCGACGCUGGAGGGUUCCGCGGCGGGCUAGUGGCGCGAUUACAGUUGCACGAGACCGUCGCCCAUAUGGCGCGCGUCACGCUCGUCACCGUGGCGCGAGAGCGAGACGGCGAGCUGCUGCUCACCGACAGAUGCAUUCACUUCGUUCCGGACUCGUUAGGCGACGCGGAAGGCGAGGAGGCGUUGAGCUGGGCGCUAGAAGACGUUCGCCACGUGGCCACUCGACGGUGGUGCUUGCAAGAACGGGCGGCGGAGCUGUUCCUAGCUGAAGGCAGGGCGUGGCUGCUGGCGUUCGCGGGGAACGCCGAGCGGACCGCGUUCCUACAGCACACCGCCAAGCAUUUACCUACUAGAAUGGAACCCGAAACCCUCUCCGAAGCCAUGAACCAAUGGCGCAACGGUACCAUCACCAACUGGGAAUACCUCAUGAAGCUCAACGGCCUCGCGGGCCGCACCUACAACGACCUCAUGCAGUAUCCGGUCCUGCCGUUCGUGAUAGCUGACUACAGUAGCAGGAUACUGGACCUUAACGACCCGGCCACGUUUAGAGACCUAAGCAAGCCCAUGGCGAUACAGAAUAAGAACAGGGAGCAGCAUUAUAUCAAUACAUACAACGAUCUAAAGGCAGCCCGUCGAGAGGGCUGCGGCGCGCUAGCGUCACGCGAGCCGCACCACUACGCAUCGUUGUACUCCAACCCCGGCUGCGUGUUGCACUACCUCGUGCGAUUGCCCCCGUUCACACAGCUGCUGCUGCACUACCAAGACAACAACUUCGACAUGCCGGACCGUACGUUCCACUCGUUGGCGACCACGUGGCGACUCAUCACCAACGAUUCGCCCACCGACGUGAAGGAGCUCAUUCCCGAACUCUACUACUUACCCGAGCUGUUCCACAACGACGAAGGUUUGAAUCUCGGCGUGCGUCAAUGCGGCGCGUGCGUGGACGACGUGGAACUUCCAGCGUGGGCGGCCGACGCGCGCCUGUUCACACUCGUCCACCGCCAGGCGCUCGAGGCGCCGCUGGUCACCGAGAGCCUGCCGCACUGGAUCGACCUCGUGUUCGGCUACAAGCAGACCGGCCAGGCCGCCAUCGACGCCGUCAACGUGUUCCCGCACUGCACCUACUACGGCUUCGACCCGGAAAUGUUGUCCGACGAGGUGGACCGCACGGCGGCGGCCGCCAUGGUCCGCACGUACGGACAGGCGCCGCGCCAGCUGCUGCGCGCGCCGCAUCCGCACCGCGCGCCCGACCUGGCGCCUACCACUGACAGACAGCCACAAGUGUGGGCGGGCGUGGAGGGCGCCCGCUGGGGCCGCUACUGCGGCUCGCCCGCGCUGGGCGCGCCGCGCGUGGCGCUGCGGCGCGCGCUGGCCGCCGCCCGCCUGGCGCCGCUGCCCGAGCGCGCGCACGCCGCCGCCGCCGCGCCGCCGCACAACGCUCUGCUGGCCCUGCCUGCUGAUCACGGUGACGUCUCGAGCAACUCGUCGGGCGAAACCUGUCUAGCUCUGUUAUCGUGGGGCCACUCGGAUGGCGUCGUGCGUCUCAAGCGACGCCGCGACGCGCCGCUCGAGCCCGUGCUGCGAGUAACCCCACUCGACCAGAUAACAGCAGUGGCGACAUCGUGCACGUCGGCCUCGUGCCCCGUCGUCAUCGGGCACGCGUCGGGCCGCGUGCUGGCGCUGCGGCCGCGGCGCGGCGGCGGCGCGGCGCUGCGGGCGCGCUCGCUGGCGCUGCACGCGCACGCCGCGCUCGUCGCCGACGUGGCCGUGUGCGUGCGCGCCGGCCUGCUGGUCACCGCCAGUGUUGAUGGCAAGAUCGUGCUGUGGGACUUGAACAAACUGACCUAUAUCCGCACGCUCCCCAACCGCGACAUGCUGCCCGUGACACACGUGGCGAUCAGCGAGACGCUGUGCGACGUUGCCAGCGUGCACGACGUCACGGCGCCGACGACCAGCGCGCCGACCGCCGACGACGACUCGUACGAGAAGGACGCGGAGAACUACAAGUCCCUGAUACGCGUGCACACGGUCAACGGACGGUUUGUUGGUAGCGUGAAAGUAGCAGAGCGAGUAACAUGCAUAUGCUACUCGAACGCGCCGGAGGGCGUCAGCGUGAACGCAAUAGCGUGCGGGGACCGCAGCGGCGCCGUGCGGUUCUACAGCGCGUGGGACCUGCGCCCGCUCGGCGUGCUGCCGCCCGCGCACACCGCGCCCGCCGCGCUCGGCGUCGUCAGCUUAACAUACAGCCUGGACAGCGAGAUCCUGUUCGGCUGCUACGCGGACGGCACGUGCGUGGCGUGGCACGGCGGCGGCGCGCGGCCCACCGUGCAGCUGCUGCCCGCGCACGCGCUGUUCUGACGCUCGCUGCGC